GAGACCCUGGGCUGCACCUCCGUCAUCUGCUCCGACAAGACCGGCACCCUCACCACCAACCAGAUGUCCGUCUGCCGGAUGUUCAUUAUGGAGAAGGUGGAGGGCACCGAAUGCAGCCUGCACGAGUUCAGCAUCACCGGCUCCACCUACGCCCCCGAGGGACAGAUCCUGAAGGACGAGCAGCCGGUGCAGUGCGGGCAGUACGACGGGCUGGUGGAGCUGGCCACCAUCUGCGCUCUCUGCAACGACUCCUCGCUGGACUACAACGAGUCCAAAAAAGUCUACGAGAAGGUGGGGGAAGCCACUGAAACAGCCCUGACAUGCCUGGUGGAGAAGAUGAACGUCUUCAACACUGACACCAGCAAACUCUCCAAGGUGGAGCGAGCCAACGCCUGCAAUUCGGUGAUCAAGCAGCUGAUGAAGAAGGAGUGCACCCUGGAGUUCUCCCGUGACCGCAAGUCCAUGUCGGUGUACUGUACGCCCACCGGCCCCGGCCACAACUCCACCGGCAGCAAGAUGUUCGUCAAGGGCGCCCCAGAAAGCGUGAUCGAGCGCUGCACCCACGUUCGUGUGGGCACCGCCAAGGUCCCGCUAACGGCCCCGGUGAGGGAGAAGAUCCUGGGCAGGAUCCGGGACUGGGGCAUGGGCAUCGACACGCUGCGCUGCCUGGCCCUGGCCACCCACGACACGCCUGUCCGCAGGGAGACCAUGCAGCUGCACGACUCCGCCGCCUUCAUCCACUAUGAGAACAACCUGACCUUCGUGGGCUGCGUGGGGAUGCUGGACCCUCCCCGCAAGGAGGUCACCUCCUCCAUUGAGAUGUGUCGCAAGGCCGGCAUCCGCGUCAUCAUGAUCACCGGUGACAACAAGGGUACGGCGGUGGCCAUCUGCCGCAGGAUCGGCAUCUUCUCAGAGAGCGAGGAUGUGGCCGGCAAAGCCUACACGGGCCGGGAGUUCGAUGAGCUGCCCCCUGAGGUGCAGCAGCAGGCGUGCCGUGAUGCCCGAUGCUUUGCCCGCGUGGAGCCGGCACACAAGUCCCGCAUCGUCGAGUACCUCCAGUCCUUCCAUGAGAUCACUGCAAUGACAGGCGACGGCGUCAACGACGCCCCAGCCCUGAAAAAAGCAGAGAUUGGCAUCGCCAUGGGGUCGGGCACGGCUGUCGCCAAGUCGGCUGCUGAGAUGGUGCUCUCCGACGACAACUUCUCCACCAUCGUGUCGGCCGUCGAGGAGGGCAGGGCCAUUUACAACAACAUGAAGCAGUUCAUCCGCUAUCUCAUCUCCUCCAACGUCGGAGAGGUUGUUUGCAUCUUCCUGACAGCCAUCCUGGGCUUGCCGGAGGCCCUCAUCCCCGUGCAGCUGCUGUGGGUGAAUCUGGUGACGGACGGGCUGCCGGCCACCGCGUUGGGCUUUAACCCCCCUGACCUGGACAUCAUGGACAAGCUGCCCCGCAACCCCAAGGAGCCCCUCAUCAGUGGCUGGCUCUUCUUCCGCUACCUGGCCAUCGGAGUGUACGUGGGCUUGGCCACAGUGGGCGCAGCGACCUGGUGGUUCCUGUACGACGCCGAGGGACCACAGGUCUCCUUCCAUCAGCUGAGGAACUUCAUGAGGUGCACUGAGGACAACCCCAUCUUUGAAGGAAUCGACUGUGAGAUCUUUGAGUCCCGAUACCCAACCACGAUGGCUCUGUCUGUGCUGGUGACAAUCGAAAUGUGCAACGCUCUGAACAGUGUCUCUGAGAACCAGUCGCUGCUGCGGAUGCCACCGUGGCUCAACAUCUGGCUGCUGGGGGCCAUCGUCAUGUCCAUGGCUCUGCACUUCCUCAUCCUCUACGUCAAACCCAUGCCUCUCAUCUUCCAGGUGACCCCCCUGAGCUGGCCGCAGUGGGUGGUUGUAAUGAAGAUCUCCCUGCCCGUUAUCCUGUUGGAUGAAGGACUCAAGUACCUUUCCCGCAACCACCUGGACGGCAUUCUCAGGACGGUAAGACACACGUGGAGCGAGGAGCACCAGUUGAAAACCUGCAGGACUCCAGAGCAAGGGAGAAGAGGACAAGAAAUGAAUGACACGAAGGAAACGCUCCUAACUAAAGGAUCCCUAACUUGUAACUCGGACUGA